AUGGCCGUUCGGGGACCUGAUGACGAUACCAAAGGCUGGGUUUCCCACCAUUUCCCUUUGGGCGGACCCAACGCCUCAUCCCAGAGCCUUGCUUUCGUUCGUGUCAGGAUGCCCACUCUCUUCAUCCUCUUUAGUUGUAUCGCAUUUUUGGCAACUGGGAUGUCAGCACAACCUUCGGCGACACCCAAUACAACUGUCUCUCAAGUCGUCACUGUUACAGUAACUGCAACGCCAUCACCACAACCGUCAACUUGUCCAGUGUGCUUUAACUGCAACACCCAGGGAUGCAAGAAUUUUGGAACAUGUAAGGGAGCGGUCUGCAGCUGCAUCGAUGGCUUUGGGGGACAGGACUGUUCGGAAACAACUUGCGGAUCACCGAACCAAGCUCCUGAAAAUCGUGCAAUUCGUGCGGCAAACUCCACUUGCCAGUGCGAUGAUGGUUUUACCGGUGUAAAUUGCAAUGUGUGCACGCGAAAUGAUGUUUGCAAAGGAAAACCAGGCAGUCCAGCCGGCCAGACAUUAGUGUGCAAUAAGGACUCUGUAACUUGGAAGGAGUCUCACUCCUAUUGUGAAGUAACAGAACCAUUGUUGAAAACGGUUUACCCGUUGGACAGCUACGUGACUUUUGAUCGUAAUCUGGGGACUGGCGAGGCUUACGGCAUCUUGUGGUACACCGGCAUUGAACAGUUUGCGUGUAAAGCAACUGAUUGUUCUCAGGAUCGCUUAGCCGAUACAAUGAAAUUCAAAUGUUCUACUCUGAAAUGUAAUUGCGAUCCGAAAGCAGCUUUUUGCGGUGGCCCCGGUAAAUCGAUCGAUUUGAGUGGACCCGUCAACGGUGCUUCUGGCGGACUAGAGUACACUUGCCCUCGGUCGAGUAACGGAACGGGAGAUUGUCAUCUCAAAUUUGAAUUUUUGGCAGGAAUCUUCCCAUCAGGAAUUCGGCUAAGCAAUUGCAUGCACGGGGAGUGCGCUCUGCCCUCUGACGACCCCGGUGAUCCUUCUUCUGAAAGUGCCGGAAAACUCACGACUGGAGCAAUUGCUGCAGUUUCCACGUUUGGGGGCAUAUUGGCAGUUUUUGCAUGUGCGUUGGUCUUCGCCUGUAUCAAACGGGCAAAAGCGAAAACGUUACCCGUGCCGCCUACCCGAAAAGGAGUUACUAUAACUUACCGCAACCUGAACUAUAGCGUUGGCAAGAAAAGGAUAUUAAGCGAUAUUGGAGGCGAAGUGCAUGCUGGUCGUGCAUUAGCGGUGAUGGGACCCAGUGGUGCCGGUAAAUCAAGCUUUUUGGACAUUUUGGCUGCAAAGUCCAAACGAGGAGAAUUAGAAGGAUCGCUCCUGGUUGACGGCAGCCGUAUCAGCCGAAUGCAGUAUCGUCGUUUGAUUGGCUAUGUUGACCAGGACGACUGCUUAAUGGAAACCUUGACUGUACGCGAGACGCUAAUGUUCUCUGCAAAUCUUCGAUUACCCGAGUCGAUGACACGCCAAGCGAAGCGCGACAGAGUUGAGGAAGUGAUUUCUCUACUUGGUCUGAGUCACGUAGCAGAUUCAAAGGUUGGCGGCCAGACGCGACGCGGUAUAAGUGGGGGUGAAAGAAGAAGAGUGAGCAUUGGUGUCGAACUUGUCACUAGUCCAGCAGUACUAUUUCUUGAUGAGCCCACCAGCGGUCUAGAUAGUUACAAUGCUCACGCCGUGAUGAGAACCAUAUGUGACCUCGCUCACAAAUCAAAGAAAACAAUCAUAUUCACUAUCCACCAACCGCGAUCUGAUGUUUACGCCAUGUUUGACGACAUCCUCCUAUUACGAAACGGUGAGAUUAUGUACUCUGGAGCAUCAAAAGACAUGGAAAAGUAUUUUGCCUCACUCGGUCAUCCCUGCCCCCCGGGGUAUAACAUUGCGGACUGGGUUCUUGAUUUGGCGAGCGGAUCUGGCGAAACAGGCGCGGAAAUGAAGGAGGUGAAUGUGCGAGAGGUGUAUGGAAGUGAUGACUGGGAAAUGAGAAUUCGACGAGGCUCGCGCAUAUCAAAACAGUCAACCGGUAAUGUUACAGUGGAAAAUCCGAAUGCGCAGAUUAAAAGGGCAAGCUCCUCUGCGAUACUACUCCAAGAUUUGGAUGGCUCACAUAACCGCGACUAUGAAGAGGUUGCCUAUGAAAAUAUGUAUUCUCUUGGCGAUAGAAACUCGGUGUCUAGUAACGGCAGCAGAGACGCGGAUGCUAGAGUUGGGUCCGCUAAAGGCGCCUAUACAGUGAGCUUUUUAACUCAGUCUGGCGCAUUGAUGGCGCGGAAUUGGAAGAACUUAUGGAGAAGACCCACACUUUGGGCGACGCACAUGGGAAUUGCUAUUGUGCUUGGAGCAUUUGUGGGUGGGCUAUAUUGGCGGUCGGACACAUCGCUGGGCGGUAUCCAGAAUCGAUUGGGCUCCAUCUUUUUCCUUAUGAGUUUACUUGGCUUCUCUGGUUUAAGCGCCAUUGGUACUCUAAAUCAAGAGCGCCAGCUGUUUGUUCGAGAGCGUGCCAACGGCUUCUAUGGUCCUCUACCCUUUUUCUUAUCGAAAAUCAUUUUUGAUUUAAUUCCGCUACGCAUCAUCCCCGCAGUUAUAAUGGGAUCCAUUGCGUUCUUUAUGGUCGGCUACACAUCAGAUGCCGACCAUUUUAUACGCUUUAUUGGGGUUCUAUCUUUAUUUGCUGCAAAUUGUGGAUUAUUUUGUAUGGCUGUCGCGUGUGCUGUGAAAGAUAUCGGGACAGCCAGCUUGGUAGGAAGUAUUGCGUUAUUAUUCCAAAUGCUUUUUGCUGGCUUCCUUUUAAACCAAAAUCAAAUUCCUACUCCUCUUCGAUGGAUACAGUAUCUCUCUCUUUUUCGAUACGCAUAUGAGGCGCUCGUGGUUAAUGACAUAUCCGGAUUAACGAUCGUAGAUAACGUCUCAGGUCUCGGAGUGAACGUCCCUGCAUCAAUAAUUUUGGAUAAAUUCGGAUUUGACAGGGGAGCGUUCGUACGAGACGCCAUGAUUGAAGUUGCGUGGUUCGCAGGGUUCUUGGCAUUGAUUGCCAUAUUAAUAGUGUUGCAUGUUCGAGAGACUAGGUAG